AUGUUUCUUGAUGCUUAUAUGAAAGCUCGACCUGAUGAAAAAAAAGCUACAAAACAUCGUGGUGCUCAAGCUGAAUGGAAUGAAAUAAAAUUGAAUGAAGAAUAUGUCAAAGAAAAAAUCGAAGAAUAUUUAGAAAUAUAUAAUGAACUUAUUGCACCUUAUAAUCAAAGUCUUGAAUAUCCAUCAAAAGCUAAUCGUAUUCGACUAGUAAAAACAGACACAAUAGAUCAAUCAAAUGAAACAACAGAUCAAGAUAAUAAUGAAAAUAAAAAAGAUGAUGAACGAUCGAAUGACUGUGACGAUUUUGAUAAUAAUGAAGAUGAUCCUGAUGAUGAUGAUGAUGAUGAUGGUGUUGAUGAUGAAGACGGGGAAGAAAAAAAUAAAAAGAAAAAAAAGAAAGCAAUUCAUAGUAUUAAAAAACGUAAACUACAACUUGAGGAAGAAUUGACUAAAGAUCCGCGAGGAUUACCAUCUGUACGUGGUGUUCCAUUACAACCAUUAUCAACAGAUACAAGACAACCAGCACAACAACGUGUUUUUAGAGAAUUAAGUGCAAUUAAUGAUCGUAUUGCUUCAUUGAUACAAGUUAAACAAAUGGGUUUAUUAACACCAGAAAAUAGAAACCAAUUGAAACAAUUAAUGAAAGAUAGAAGAGCAAAAACUUUUGAAUUAAAACGUCUUCAAUCAAAACAAAGAGCUUCAAAUAGAUAUAGAGAUAAACGACGAAAAAUUGUUGAAUAUUUAUAUGAAACAAAGCCUGAGCUACAUCCACAUUUAAAAAAAAUUUAUCGUCCUGGUGGUGGUCGACCACGAAUUGAAGAACAAUGUCCUGAUUUAUUACAAAUUAUUGAAGAAAUUGCAAAAGUUGAUGGAGCAAGUGAUGAUCGAAGACGAUCAGAAACUAUUCGACCUUGUUUAACAUUAGAUGAUUUAAGAGAAAAAUUGAAACAAAGAGGUUAUGAUAUUAAAAGAACAACACUUUAUUAUCGUCUGUUACCUCAUCGUGCAUCAUCAAGAGAUGGUCGUCGUCAUAUUAAUACUGCUCCAGUUCGUCUUCGUCGUGCUCAAAAUGAUGAUCAUGGAAAACAUGAAGAUGGUCAUUUUGCUACAGCAACNGAAUUUUUCGGAUUUUAA